AUGCAUUGGAUAUCUUUGAUCGGUUUUUUUAUUAUUAUUACUAUCAUCUAUCAAAUACAAGCUGAUUUAUUAAAAGAUUCUGAAACAGAAACUAUCAAUACAGAAGGUACAUUUCAAGUGGAACUAGAUAUUGAUAAUACUGAAACUUCUGUAUCAAAAAAUAAUGUCGAUGGUUCAACUCAUGAAACUACUAGUGAUGUAUCAUUUGAAAAUUCUGUGACAUAUGAGACAGAUGAACGAAAUUCAUUGAAAAAUGUAAUUAAUAAUGGUAAUAAUAAUUACGGUUAUAAUUAUGUAUGUUUUAUCAUUACUACUCUUAUCUUACUAGCUCAUUUUUAA